ACCCCAAUACCAAAACCAAACAACAGCUUUUUGUUUCUUUACUUUUUUUGCCUUCUUCUAAACAAAGUUAAAAAGACAUGUCUCUAGCUAUUGCAGAGGUUUACACGGUGAGGAAGUUUCACAGAGCGAGUAUGAAGAAGUUGCCGGCUAAUAAACCAGCGGCGGUUACCGGCGCCGAGAGAGACGAGAAAAUCAGCGGAGGAAGCUUCAUGGAGGCGCCUGCGAAAUCCGGUGGGAGCAGACAAUUCGGACGGUGCUUUUUUGGAAAGCCGGGGAUGAAGAAAAGCUCUGCUAAAGUUUCGGAUCCCUUGACGACGAUUGAGUGACACUAUAUAUUAAAAUUUUUUAUUAUUAAGCUUUUUUCUUCAUAUUUUCUACUAUAUUUGGUUUUUUCUUUUCUUUUCAUGGGUCUUUUUUUUUUUCUGGCUUUUUCUAGUGUCUUCUCUUUUUCUUUAUUUUGGUGAUUUUUAUUAAAAUAGUCAGUAAAACGAUGUAACGUCCAAUGUAAUGAACUUAAAAUGUGAGAAAUUAUAAAUAUUUAUAACUUUUGGAUCAAA